UAAUGAUAGGAACACGCAAUCCAGGCGACGACUCUACCCGUGAAACUCUGGCUGCUCUGUUUAACAACCCAAGCAUCUUGACGGCACAAUGCUGUGUGCUCAGGGUGUGGCUGCACCCCUGAUGCUGAGCUCUUUCCUGCUACAGCUGGUCAGGGCCAAUAUCCCUUUUGGUUGUUUGAUUGCUUCCGACAUCCUGAGCUGCACAAAUCUCGGCAUUGAGCAUAUUCCAGUAGAGUUGCCUGUAAUGGUGGCGACCUUGGACUUCAACCACAACAACUUGGAACGACUGGAGGAUGGCAGCUUCGCUGGUCUACCCAAUCUGGACACCUUACGGUUAGCUCACAAUCGGCUCAGCAGGCUCAGUCCGGGAACCUUCCGGAAUACAAGUAGCAUACGACAUCUGGACCUUUCCUCCAAUCAGCUGAAUGUUAUCGAGCAGCACUACUUUCAAGAGUUGGCAGGAAUCAAGGAGUUGCUCCUUUACAACAACCGCAUAGUAAGGGUAGAAAGCAAAGCCCUGAGCGGUUUGACUAAACUACGUAAGGCCUACCUGAGCCAUAACAGGCUGACAGACUUCCCCUUCUUUUCGGUCCAGGAACAUUCCAACCUUAUAACACUAGACUUAAGCUCAAACCGUAUGCCCAACCUUCCUGUUGAGGACAUUUCAAGUCUACAGGAAUCAGUACAACAAGGGUUGUUCCUGCACAACAACACUCUUAUUUGUGAGUGCUCCAUGUAUAGUAUGUUUAAACAUUGGGAGCAGAAGGGUUUCACCUCAGUGACAGACUUCCGAGAGGAGCAUACCUGCCUGCUUUACGGUGAGCGGCGUGCUUCGGUGCGCUUUCUGCAACACGUGCGAUUCUUUGAGAACUGCACUUUAAAACCGCUAGUGGAGACGGAGAAUCUAAAGGCAGAUGUCGGGCAUACGUUGCUUUUAAACUGUACAACAUCAUUAAAGGGAAAGCAUAUCACCUACUUAUGGGUGUCCCCAAAUCAGGAAUACAUUGCUCCACCUGGUAAUAACAGCACACUGCAAAUGUAUGCAAAUGGCACCUUAAAAAUCUUGGCAGCAAAAAAAGAGGACGCUGGGGUGUACUUGUGCAUGGCUAUAAACCAUCAAGAGACACGCAAUGAGACUCGAGAAGUGAAUGUAACCGUGGUGGUACCCCAUCACGAAGAUGAGCAUUUUAACACCGGCUUCACAACUCUGUUGGGCUGCGUGGUCAGCCUGGUUUUGGUCCUUAUGUACCUCUACUUGACACCGUGCCGCUGCUGGUGUCGCAAGCAUCCGACACCAGCGACUCCAAGCCCUGGAAAUGAAUGCAGUGCCCAAUCAUCUAUCCUGACGCCCACGCCACCCGCCACCACGGAGGGCCCCGGCCGCAAGGUCAGUAACAGCAAGCAUGUGGUCUUUCUGGAACCCAUCAAGGAGACACAAAAUGGGAGGCCGCGGGCAGCACUAGCCCUCGAGCACCCAAAACUGACAGUAACGCGGAGCGAUGCUGACUCAGUCACCUCCGUCUUCUCAGACACCACAAUUGUGCCAUAGCAGCUGUUAACUGUUAUCCCGACGACCUGCUCGAAUUGAGAGCGUGGUUCCUACGACGUGGCAGUAAGCAACUGCGCAGCUACUCAGGACAGAUCAGGGAGAGCCCAAGGCAGACAACCAAACAGAGUAGGAAAGAAAAGCACAUACAAUCAGAAAGUUAUUGAAACAAAAAGGUAAAAAAUGGAGCCAUGAAUCAGCUUUAAGGCUUGAUUGAGCCGCAACGGUACAAGAGGAAGGAAUUGGUUUGACAUGCUGAACAGGGUAAAAAAGUUCCCCUUUAACACUGCUUGCGCCUUGAUAGAUUUUUAGCUACGAAUGCCUUGUCUAGAGCCUAUAUCCUACCAAAUAUUACAUGAAUCCUUGUUAUUAAUCUAGAAACAGCAUGAUGGAUAUGAAGGAGAAUGACAAGUGCAUACUGAGUAUCUAGUUGUUUACAGAUAUGACUGACUUCUAGAAUGUUGACUGCAGAUUUUUUUUUAGAUAUUUUAGUAUGUCCUUUGUGUUUCUCAUUACUGUUUUGUUGGUAGUUGCAAACAAUUUUGGGACCAUAACCGUCUUCAAAAUUCCCAGAGAAAAUGAUUCCAUGUGUAAGUGUCGAGCCAGGGAAAGUUGUUUUAAAGACACUGACGUUUAGUCGUGCUUUGAACAAAUGACACACAAUUCAAAUCUCAUCUUUAUUGAGAUUAUAACUUGAAUGGAAUCAAAUCUGUGAAAGUUUUGUUUACAUACUGGAGUUUUUUCCUGUUCCCUAGACAUUCCAUGUUUCCCCUUUGUCCACCCUCCCCUUUCACAAAAAUUCCUUCUUGAUCAGCUUCUUAAUAAAUCCUUCUGCUUCGACCCCAGAGGUAAAUGUCUGCCUACUUAUUGUUAAGUUAUACUGAGGCUUAACUAAUCGGUCUGUGUGCCAAUGUUUCUGCAUUCCUAUUUUCAAAUACUGUGUACAAAUAUUCAGACUUUGAAAGGUAUGAAUGUCAAACGCUCCUGGCAGGUAAAGCAUGACAAAUGUGUGUGGUCAUGAAAUAAAUAUUAUGGCUUCUUUGCAAUUUUUCGCUCAAAUAUAGUGCACAAAAAUGGUCAGGCUAAUCUGUAAACUGUUUUUAGGGGUUUUGGGGCAAGCUGGUGGACCACUGGCUGAAAAAUUGAGUAUUAUUUUUUAAAGAAUAUACAGUAACACUUUCAAAUGCUAAUCUCUCUAUCCCUGGAUUCUCCGGCUCAUUGAUUCCUAUUAAACAGAUGGAUGAUUCUGUGAUGUGCCGUGACCCAGAAAUUAAAACAUGCAAUCACAAGAAGAAUUUUACAAUAGUACAUUACCCUUGAGCCGAAGCCCAUCUCCACCAGAAUAACUACAUCCUAAUGAUUGUGUUCCAUCUGCUUAACAAAUUAAAACUGCACUCAUGUCACUUAAACUACCAUCAUUAUCAUUAUCACCAUGAUCAUAUCAUCACAUUGUACCAUGAUUAAAUCAUAUCUGCAUAAACCUAAAAAAAUCGUGUGUAUUCUCCUGUCCUUGCUGAAUGUUCCCUAUCUGUUCGCACGCUGUGAGCCUGGUGAGAUCUUGUGUUAAAGCCAAGUCAGACUGUGCAACAUCAACGCCCUUUAAUGUCAGACUGCAUGAUGCACAUCUUUCGAUUUCUGUGAUGUUUGACAGAGAUGACUUGGAGGUUGAUCAUGACACGUUCUGACAUACGGGUUGGCAUGAACAUUUUGAAAGGUUAAUGCACAAAUGCAAACUUUAA